AUGCGGGCGUACGUCGCCGAUGCGAUGACGUGCGGCGUCGAAGGACGGUUGCGCGACGAAGCGUCGUCGAGCGAUCGGGACGGCGGUGGCGCGCGCGUCGUCGCGGCGAUCGGUGACGGCGGUGAUGGAUGCGCUGUCGAUGCGCGAGGACUGGCGCUGGGCGAGGCCGCGGGACGGGUUGAAGCGAUGGAACGCUCGAGCGCGGCGGACGCCGAGGCGCUGGCGCGCGCGAUGAUAAACGCGACGACGACAGAGUUGUGGUUGAGGAACGAUUUUCGAGCGGUCGAGGAGCUGCUAAUCCCGAUAUUCAGCGUUCGCGACGACGACGAUGGCUGGCGAUGGAUGACGCUGUGGGUCAACGCGAAUGGAGACGCGCGAAUGGGCGGCGACGAUUUCUUUACGCCGAAGUCGUUCUCUCUCGAGGCGGAUGAGGAGAAUCAGACGCACGUCGUCGUAAUCGUCGACGAUGCCGCGGUGAAAACAUAUGUAAACGCCGCGUUAAAGUUACAAAUGCCUCGGGGGGAUGUAUGGAGGCUGUCGCGUCCAUAUGCGCGAGCGCGCAUCGUCCUCGGAGGAAGGGCGACCAACGCCGAUAUUGCGUGGUCGGGCACGAUAUACGCUGUCGCGCUCUACCCGUUUGCGCUCACCGCGAGUGACAUCGAAAACAUUUAUGCAGCCGGUUUACCUCACGCUACGCUCGAGACGUCGGGCGAAAUUAUCGAUAUUGACGUGAAUCGAGGCGAGGCUAUUUCAGCUACGUUUGACGUCGAGACACAAAUUGAAUUCGAUAGCGAUCGCCUCGACGCGCUGUGUGAUGAGAAUGAGAGUUCUUGCGAUUUGUACGUUGAUUCUGAAUUGAUCAUCCUAGAGUGGCCACUUUACGGGACGGUUUACUCGUGUGGAUAUCCGCGAUCUCAGGGCAAUGUACGGCGCCUGCCCGCGGACGAGCUGUGCUACCUUGCGACGAAUGCUCCGAGCGGUGUAGACGAACAUUCGAUGGUGUACCGCGAUGCAUUUAGAUUUGAAAUCGCCGGUAUCUCUCAGUCACCACGGUUCAAGAUUGCGGUUGACGUCCACAAGGGCGUGCUUGCGUGUGACGUCAACAUCCAUAUGGACGAAGGAGGCGUCGCUGUCACGACGCUUCAGAUCAUGAACACUGGACACGAAUCCGAAGACACGGGCUUCAUAGUGAACACAUUUAUGGAGCAUGGGGUAUUUUUUUUUGAGAAUGGAACGACCGUACCGAUUUAUGAGCGCAUCGUAGGACACGCGUGCGGGGCUCAGCCCGCAUGCAAAUAUUAUUCAGUCGAUCAGCAAAUGCGUCGAUGGUGCUUAAACGUCGUUAUCGUGCCGUUGCCGGAGUAUUUCAAUGCGCAAGAUACGUUCUUGGGUCCAGAAUAUCCACCUUGGGAGAUGAAGCCGACGAAGAUCUCAUAUUCGGGCUUUGUCGGCGAACACCUAUCAAAGCCGGCAACGUUGAACAUCACCGUGAGUGCCGUAUCGAACGAACCGCGGCUUCGAGUGAACCGCAGUGUUUUUACAGCAAAAUACCUCGAUCGGGUGAUGGAACCGGCAAUGAUGAGAUUGUCUUUGAUGCCGUACCGAGCGUCAUCGCCUCCGUGCUGA